CAAUGAAAGGUGUUCGAGCUAUGUAUAGACGUGUGAGGGACUUCAGAGGAAUUCGACCAUGCUAUCGAAAUGAUGUACAUGAAGUAAUGCGUCAAUUGGAUGCAAGGGGGCUGCACAGACGACAGCCAGGAAAUCGUAAAAUUCUGAGAUGCCAGUACUCAACAAAGGGCCCCAAUCACACUUGGCACAUUGAUGGAAAUGAUAAAUUGCGUUUUUAUGGAAUCUGGAUUCAUCUGUGUAUUGAUGGAUAUUCAAGAAGUGUUAUAUGGCUACAUGCAGGGACCUCCAAUCGGAAUCCACGUUUAAUUGCUAGAUAUUUUCUUGAUGCAGUGGAAACAGAAAAUGGUUGUCCACGCCUUGUGAGAGCAGAUAGGGGUUGUGAAAAUUCUUUAGUUGCCAUUAUACAGAUGUCUUUUAGAUACCGUCACCAUGACAGCUUAGCAGGAGUUAACAGUUUCAGAUAUGGGAAGUCUAUACAUAAUCAACGAGCAGAGUACUUUAAUGGAUACCUAAAAAAAUCAUGGAUAUGUUUCUGGCAAAAACAUUUUGAGGCAAUGGUGGAAGCUGAAAUUUUGGAACUAUCCAAUCCCAUACAUAUACACUGUGUCCAAUAUUGCUUUUUACCUCUAAUUGAAAGGCAGCUUUACUCUGAGCGCAUUGAAUGGAACAACCAAAGGAUUCAUAAGCAGACUUUAGCUGCAGGACCAUUUGGAAAACCAGACAUGCUCUAUUUUUGUCCUCCAUCCGGAACUCCAAAUAUGCUGUGCACAAUUGAUGAUGAUCUUCAGCAGCAAGCAGACACUAUGGCUUGUGAAAAGGGAUCCACCCUGACUGUGGCCAAUGUUGCUUUCAGGCAGUUGUGCUCCACUGUGUUUACUCUCCCUAGAUCAAUGGAUAGUUAUUCAGUUGAUGAUGCUAUGGCUUCCUAUCUAACAACUGCAAAUCACAUCACAACCCUUAUGGCCAGUUUGAAUCUGAUUGAGCCGGAUAACUUUGUACAGGCUUUUGAAAUAUAUGAAAAAAUAGUAAAUUCUUCUCAUACUAAAUACAUUUUGUUGUUGUGA